GGCAUGUCGCCGUUACGCUUGUGACUACACGGCAUAAAACCAACCUGGAUAAUUAAUAGUUGAUCAGCUGCCUGUUUCGAGAAACCGUUACAGGUAUAUGUCAACGACGAGUCAUCGAGUUAUGGCCCGCAUGAUUGAUGGCGCGCGUGUGCUGGUGGAGUCGCUCCGACGUCAAGGCGUAGAGUACAUGUUAGGUGUGGUCGGAGUACCAGUAUUCGAGGUGAGCGUAGCUGCACAGCAAGCCGGCAUCAAAUUCAUCGGGAUGCGAAACGAACAAUCUGCCGCGUAUGCCGCAGGGGCAAUCGGAUAUCUAACCCGGCGACCCGGCGUCUGCCUGACUGUUUCCGGACCCGGUGUGCUCCAUACAAUUGGAGGCCUUGCAAACGCACAACUUAAUGGGUGGCCGAUGAUUCUAAUCGGAGGUGCCAGUGAAAGGCAGCUUGAUGGCGUUGGUGCUUUUCAAGAAUAUCUUCAGGUUGAAUCGUGUCGAAUGCAUGUGAAGUAUGCUGCUCAACCCAAUUCAAUUGAACAAAUUCCGUUCGUCGUCGAGAAGGCAACGAGAGAGGCGCUAUUUGGACGACCCGGAGCUUGUUAUAUUAGUAUGCCCGCUGAUUUGAUCACUGGUGAAACGGAUGAGUCGAAGCUCUACCAUUCCAAAGUGGUAGGAGAUGCUCCUGUAUCCUUGGCCUGCCCUCAACAAAUAGCUAGAGCUAUCAGUUUACUAAGAACGGCUGAAAAACCUCUUAUCAUAGUUGGCAAAGGUUGUGCCUAUGGUCGUGCUGAAAAGAGUGCACGAGAAUUUAUUGAGAAGUCUGGUAUUCCUUAUCUUCCAACUCCAAUGGGAAAAGGAGUGCUUCCAGACGAUCAUCCCCAGUGUAUUGCACCCGCGCGUACAAAGGCGCUUCAGGAGGCCGACGUAAUCCUGCUGCUAGGCGCUCGCACGAAUUGGAUGUUGCACUUUGGAAGGCCACCACGUUUCAACACGUCUGUCAAAUUCAUUCAGGUUGAAAUUAAAGCUGAAGAAUUCGACAACAGUGCGCCCACUGAAGUCGCUCUUCUUGGCGACGUGAACACAGUCUGCGUCCAGCUGCGAGAUGCUUGCUCAUUCAAGCACGAUUCUUCAUCCGACUGGAUCAAUGGACUCCGAUUUAAAAUGGAAUCCAACGCUAAAAUUGUUCAAAGCCUUACGGAGAGUAAAGCUAUUCCAAUGAAUUACCAUUCCGCCUAUAAGAUCAUCAGUAAAUACCUGCCAAAGGACGCAAUAAUCGUCAAUGAAGGGGCCAACACGAUGGAUAUAGGGCGAACCAUGCUUCCCAAUAUACUGCCGCGCCAUAGGCUCGAUGCGGGCACAUUUGGUACAAUGGGCAUUGGAUUGGGCUUUGCUAUAGGGGCUGCCUUACACGCUCAAGCAGUGUACCCUGGAAAGCGGGUCGCGUGCGUGCAGGGCGAUUCAGCUUUCGGCUUCUCGGCGCUCGAGUACGAGACCGCCGUGAGAUAUCGUCUACCUAUCAUAUGUAUUGUCAUUAACAACAAUGGCAUCUACAAUGGAUUUGACGAAAACUCCUGGAAAGCGUUCUACCAAUCUGGCCAGCACGAAGCUCUUUCGCUGCCUCCGAAUGCACUGACGCCGAACGCGCGUUACGACGAAAUUUCGAAAAUGUUUGGUGGACGAGGAUUCAACGUAAAAACGCAUGCGGAGCUUGCUAAAGCAAUGAAAGCAGCUGUGGCGUACAUUGACGGACCAUGUAUCAUCAACGUAAACAUUGACGGAAUGGCUCAGAGGAAACCACAGGAGUUCGAGUGGCACACAAGGGCCAAAAUAUAACUAUUGCCAGGCAGAUACAAACUGCAGCUAGCACAAAAAUAGGGAAGUCUUCUUUGAUUUGCCCAUUCGAUGAGCCUAUCGUAAAUUACCAAUCGCCAGUUCUAUUGUCACUAAGUGACACCACGGUUAUUUGCUCAUCUCAUUGCAUAAACGAAAUAUGCCUACAAAUCUUUCAUGCCUCAGGUAAUAGAUUUAUUUCAUCAUAUACGAUACGCGCUGACAUGAACCUGAACGACAAACCGCGCGUGCAGCUAAUCCUAUCGCCAUUCUAAAAUAAAUAUAUUUUAUAAAGUAUUACGGUGCUUUCCUUCCCUUUGAUAAUGACACAAUAUUUUUUUUUGUUUAUGAUAAAUCUACUCGAGUGACAUCACUACAAGCACCUGUUCUAUACGAUUUAAUUUAGCAGAAAACCACGUAAGCUCUCAACCCAUUCAACGUCGCCCACUUUAUUGCAAUAAUUGACAACACUUAAGCUUAUAAUAUAAAUACAUUUAUUUGUUGUCUAUACUUUUUGUUUCGCAUGUUAUCUUAUCGUUGUCGUUAUCUUUGUCGACUUCUUGGCAUUUGUAUAUUAGGCAUCUUCACCAGUCGCUGUAUUGUUGUACAGUUCUUUGUCCUAAACACAGCAUCUCAUACUCUACCCUGAAUUCACUUUAAUUAUAACUCAUUCAGUAUUAUUUGACUUCAAUCAAUAAAGCUAUUAGAGUGAGUACCACGAUUUCUCGUUUUUAUUUCUUACUUGAAAUAUCUAAUGUCCAUUUUGUAGUCUAGUCUAUUCUAUUGGAGUGACCGUUACAUUAACUAUGAUUCGUACGUUGCUCGCAUUCAUCAUCCGUUCUCAAUUGCAAUUUAAUUUGUUUUUGCGUCAAGGCAAGGGAUGGUCUGAAGCCAACUGAACUGCCAUAUCGAUCCUAUCAUUUUUCCGUUGCUUUUAUGUGCUUUCCAAUUUGAACGGAUAAUAACAUUAUCUUAGUAUUAUUCUAUAGUUUACAUAAAAUGUCAUUUCCCUACGCUUGCUUUUCGGUGUUCAAAAAAGAAAGACAUCUCUAUGUACAAAACAUGAUCACCAUUUUCAUAGCCGUUACAGUUGUCCUCCAGCAUGGUCACAUCCGAUAAUAAAUAUCCGUCGUCAUUUUGUCAGUCAGACUUUUCUCAUUGGCUUUGCUGUCCCUUAGUUCCUACUUCGUCGAUUAUCGCUUGAGAAUUCUACACGUUGAUGAGCAGGUUGUAGCCGUAAUGAUUUAUUUUACGAUCGUCGUAAUGAGGUAAAACUACACAGAGAGACUACCCCAAAAUUACGUUCUCGUCGCAAUGUAGCACGAUAAUGAACUCAUUACUCAGCAUUUAUUGACCAGGAAUGUUUAUGGUAGGCACGAUAUAAGUGGUUGCCCAUAUGAGGGUCACACAACUUCAACAGUAGAAUCAAAGCAGUCGUGUCGUUGAUUGUAUUUAGUUGAUUUCAGUAUUGGUUUUUGACGAGGAAUCAUUCGUGAAGUCUCAAGCCACUAUGAUAGAUCGAACAGUUCGGUUAAUUUUGGGGCACUCUUAAUGGCUCCACAAUGUGAAAGUCGUUCAACAGCUGUUAACAUCGUUUUUCUUAUGCGUAGCCAGUAGAAACGUCAAUUUACGAUGAAUUUUUCCCCAUAGUCGUUUUUAUUCUGAAAACCCCACCGUACAGUCAUCUCAUACUCAGCAAUUUAAUAUGAUGAACUAUUUAUUUACACAGCAUUUCUUAUCGUUCUAAACUUUCAUUACUUUACACUUGAUUAAAAUCAUUUCUGAUAACUUAUUCAUUUGUUACGAUUUGUCUUUGUUAUUAUUAUAUGUUGUUAUCCUAUCGAUUGUGGCACUUGCCACAUAACACAUGUCUUUGUAUAUUAUUACAUAGCACAUAUCCUGGAUCUCUCUUAAAAUAUUGGCAGGAUUUCGUUCAAACUGGACUUGAACGGGUCGACUCCAAGCCCAUUCGAGACUAAAAUGUCCAAGCCCAUGGUAAAAAUAAUUAUUCACAAAACGCACCCCCUUUCCCCAGUCCCCCGACGGCUCAGGUCAUUCAGUCUUCAUCGUGUUGCUCUCGUGACCCUUACGAUAUUUUACAGUAUAUAUUUAAUAUGUACAUUGGAUUGCUGACCCUUUUCCAACGACUUACCACUGAAGGAGUGCAUUUUUGAUGGCCCGUUAUGUCUAUAUUUGGAUAUAAGUACUAUGAACGUUUAGAGGGCGAGUAAUGAGCAACCGAUUAUAAUUGGGCAUCGUACCCACUCGGUCGCUUAUAUUCUUCCUUCUCAUUUGUGGAAAUAAAGAAAAUCAUUCCUUAUAUCCUAUCUUGAUGAAAUUCACAAGGAAACAUAAGAGCGUAUUGUAGAUCUAAAAUUCUAUUGUUGUACUGGCUUUAAUCUUAAGAUUUUUCGUUCUAUCAAUAAGAUAACGUAAUGUCAUUAUGCAGUAUGAACUGUGUCCGUCGGGCCAAGACACAAUAGCUUCUACCGUCUCUAAACGUUAUUGUUAACGUGCCUGUUCUGUCUCAUUGAGGAUUCUGUGAAUUUUCAUCAUAUGACAUGCUUUUGUGUUAAUAGUCACACCCAUAUAUAAUAGCGAGCGUAAUUACACCUUCCGUUAUAUUCAUGAAACUAUCACUGUCACAGCCCACUGCUUUCAGUUACAGUUACUACUGCUACAAGUACUAUUAGAUAUUUAUAUAUAUAUAUAUAUAUAUACAUUUGUGUCACCUUUCUUCAUUCUUUCAUCCUUUUGUCCACACAGCAGAAAAUUCAUGUAUUGAAUGAAGCAACGCAAUGUGAAGCGCUAUAUUACAACGAAUCCAUCUGUUAACAUUGGUAUCAUGCACAUAUCACUCAGUUAGGCCUUGCUUCACGAGUUCGGGUUAUCCCGGGACUGUCGUAAGGGCAGUAAGAUUGCAUGGCAUUGGCCUGGUGACAAAUUAGAACUAUACACUCAUUCACUGGUAUGUGCAAAGUUAUUUAAAUAUAGUCUUAUCCAACUUAACUGCGAAACCCCUGAGGGUACAUCACACUGCGCUAAGUAAAUGAAAAUGGAUCUCCCGAUCGGAAAGUCUAGGUUGCCAGUGAGAGGAAAAACAACAUCUAGAUUGAAGCUGUCCUACAUCAAAAGAAUACAAAUAUAACACGGUGCUAUCUAUAGUCAUUGCCCAAUGCCAGCUAGAUCUUAAUCGUGGAAUAAGCCUUCAAUACUAAUAUACUUAUCAUCACCAUAAGAGAACGCAGGAUAUGACAUCCUGAUUUGAGGAUAUUCUAAAGCUAUUCAUAGAAUGUUGUGUUUUCCAGACACGCAAAGGCCGUACCUUCUAAUUCUGAUAGCAAAUGUAUGAUCAUUUCGGCCGCACAUCGACAUACAUUUUCUCACCUCUUCUUGCUAAUUACUAACAUUAGCGUGUUGUUUUUCACUUGCCCGCUUAUUUCUCUUUUUUCUUCUCAUCAUUAUCAUGAAACAUUUCUCGUUGAAGCGGUCUACUAUAUAACAAUUUCCACCAGCGUUUGUCGACCAGUACUUUUUACCAUGAUGCUGCUGCUGGCGAAUCUUUCAUUGCCCCGACUGCUACUUUCGCUGUCGUUUUGC